AUGGUUUUACACCACAUUCAAAAUAAACGAUCCAUACAGGUUCUGCUGCUGACCGAAGUUCUCGAUUGGACGCAACUGGUCCCGUGGGUGGAAAGCGAGUGCUUUCCUUCGUUCACAUUUGAUUACACAGAUCGAAAUGGACCACACACGUGGAAAGUGUUAUACCCCGAUAGCAGCGGCAAUAAUCAAUCCCCAAUAAACAUUACAACACGAUCGGCUGUCGUGGUGCAACCGUCAGAACCUCUUCAUUGGGUUGGAUACGAUAAGGGACCGUUAUCCAUGGUUAUAUUGAACAAUGGAAAUAAUGUCAUAGUAAACACCUCAUGGGGAAGGUUUAGUCGUCCCUACGUUGAAGGUGGAUCAUUGACUGACAGCUAUGAUCUCUGCUCACUAGUGUUUCAUUGGGGUCAAUCAAACGAUGAAGGCAGUGAACACACUAUAGAUUAUGUUCGCUACCCCAUGGAACUGCAAGUGUGGCACAUAAAACGAGAAUUCAAUUCAUUGAUGGAUGCUAUUACUUCUAAAACUAGCGAUGCUUUACUCAUCGUAUCAUUCUUCUUCCAGAUCACAAAUGCAGAUAAUCCAUACUUGGAUCACAUCGUAACAAACUUAUGGCAAAUCGUAGAACCAGGAUCGAAACUACACAUACCACCAUUCCCCCUAACAUGGAUUUCUUCCUUACCAGAAAAUAAUUACUAUACUUACAAUGGUUCCUUGACUCAGCCGCCCUGUAGCGAAAUCGUCACGUGGAUCGUCCAACCUGAACCAAUUGCCAUAUCUUCCUCUCAAGUUGCACAAUUCAGGAAAGUUUGUUCAGCGAAUGGACCCAUUUUGUUAAAUUGCAGACCCGUUCAAUUAAUUAACGAACGUAAUGUUUAUUUCUAUUCAUAA